CAAAAUCAUUGAAUUGUGAUACACAGUUGCUACCAUCAACAUGGCUUUCCUCGGUAAAACUUACAAGUUCGUGGGCCAGGAGAACUUCGACGCUUUCCUCAAAAUUGUCGGUGUUCCUGAUGAGAAAAUCCCAGACAUUUUGAAGUUCGCCCCUGACUUCAAGCUGACCAAGGAUGGUGACACCUACACCUACGCCACCGUCAGGUCCUCAGGUCCUACUGAAGUGAAAUUCCAGUCUGGUGUGGAAUUCGAUGAUGUCAUUGGCGAGGACAAGACUCCCGUCAAGAGCACAUACACAGUCGAUGGAAACACAGUCACACAGGUCAUCAAGAGUGACAGAGGUAGUGCUUCCUUCAAGAGAGAGUUCAACGGUGACGACCUUGUCUUGACCAUUACAGUUGAGAAAUGGGACGGCCAAGCCAAGAGAUUCUACAAAGCUGCAUAAGUUAAAAUAAAGUGAUUAGUUGCGUAAUUUCUUAGGUAUAAGUAAUUAAUUAUUUAUUGUUAUUUAAUAAAAAAUAUUUUACAUUUUUUAUA